AUGGUGGUGGCACAUGGCUUACCAACUUACUAUGCCUUGGAUAGUGUACGUUCAAAGCUCAAGGGUUUUGGCUUUUGAAGUCUCCAAAGAGAAUCAAUUUCAGAUGCUCAAAAAUCGUUCUUUAUUUUGAGCAGGUUGAAGCAAAACAAACAAUGGACUGGUUUCCGGUGUUCAGGUUUCAUCUAUCUAAUAUUAUUUAAGAGUUUUGACAAGAAAAGAGAAAAAGAGUAUUGUUUAAUGGCUUUGGCUUCAAUUUUGUUGAAGAGACCUGUUUUAUGGCUCUCUCUCCUCGCUCCUCCACUACUUCACAUCUUUGGCCUUCGCUUCUUACAUCUCCUCAUCACUUCUACUGCUUUGUUCAUCUCCUCUUUGUUCUUCCCAAUCUUACUUCCUCAUUCUUCAAUCCAGUCAACAAAACAAGAAGAAGAACAAUAUCAAGAUCAAGACUAUGUUGCCGCCGAAGAUAUCACCGGCAAGUCGGAGGACUACCUCGGACUGACUAAUAAAGAGGAUGAAGACGGCACAAUCCCUGAUGAGGAGAGCCUCUUUGAGCUGUCUUUACCGAGUGGUCACUACGUAGGUCAUCACCACACUAGUAACAAGAACAAUCUCUAUAUCCACAAAAAAGUCCAAGAUUUCAAACUCUUUGAUCUAUUCAACGAUUUCAUUGAAGAGGAUAAUCUUAUCGAAAUUGACAUCUCCAUCGGAUGCAUCAAGUAUUCAAGGUUUGAGAUCAAAGCUUGA